AUGCCACGUUCGAAAAAGAAGAAAGUCAAUAUUCAACCUGAAGAGCCAAGCUCUCUACCAUCCGCUUCAUCUCCCACCCCCGAAUCUCCACCACUCGACCGCCGUCUCAACGAUAUUCUUCGUCUCGUCGAAUCACUCCAACUGCCAAAAAAUCACGAAGACCGCAUUGAAGAAUACGACGAAACGUCCUCAAUCGAUGAAGCAACUUUGAUCGUGCGCGAAAACAUGGGGCUACCGUUUACACCCUUGGAGGAGCUUGACAACGCACUAAAGGACUUUUUCAAUGAUGGUCCAGAGGAGCUCUGCUACUCUUUCGACGCUUUUAGGAUGGCCGCUAUGGAAGGGAAGACGGAUGUGCUAGAGGAGACAAGGAUGCGGUUCAUGGGCCACUCAGACCAAGCUUCCACGCUCGAAGCGCUCAAUUGGCAAUCUAGGAGCCUUGAAGGACUUCCUACGAUGGCCGAAAUUUCUAGCACCCCGAGCGCUGACUUGCCUAAAUGUUUUACACAGGCAAAGAAGGCAGCGAUAGAUGGUAAGAUUGGCAAACUGACUGUGCUAGGUGUGAGCCUAGGUGAUGUGGAAAUGAUAGAAAGGGGCGAGAAGAAAAGCAAGGAUAUAGACUACACAUCCUUUGCUCACACUUUUGUCUUGGCUAUUGGACUGGUUGAUGGAGGUGGCUCAAAGCUUGGCUCGUGGGAGGAAGCCAAGGUCUUUAUGAAGGCAUUCAAGAAGCUCACUCGUCCUGCGCCCUGGUCAUCUGAAUUGAACGCGGCGUACGAGAAGCCCUUCGAUGUGGAUCUCGAUUCAAUCUGCAACAAGAAACAUCUACAGUCUCCCCUCAUUCCUAUCUACCGACCCUGGGUGAGAGUAUUCGAGUUGAGUGAUGUUCAAGUAGAAAACAUCAAGAAAGUUACGCCGAAAUCAGUUCAUGAGUCUAUUUAG